UGGAGCGAGAGAAGGCCGGCCGGCUGCCUGGCGCCGCCUCCGGCCCUGCCCUGCCCUGCCCUCCUUGCGUCCUUCCUUCCUUCCUUUCCGCGCUGCGUCUUCGACUAGGGCUAGCGUUCCAUGCGGGUGCGCAGAGGCGCUGAAAGGCGCGUCGGCCAUGAGCGGGGCGAUGCUGGUGGGCUACAGCAGCAGCUCGGGCUCGUCGCCGUCUGCCUCGGGCGACGAAGGCGCCUCCCCCGCGGCCCAGGAGGUAGCCGGCCAGGCGGGGAACCCGGCCUCCCUUCCCGGUGCUAGCGUAACAGCUCCCCGCCUUCCCGUACCAGAGAGUGUGCUAAAUAUGUUCAGAGACCAGGAAGAGAAGGAGACGGUGGUGGAUGACUGCAGCAAGCAUGGAGGCCGCGUGCGGACCUUUGCGCAUGAGCGUGGCAACUGGGCAACCUACAUCUACAUGCCUUAUGAAGCCCAGGAGGACUUCUUGGAUCUGCUGCAGCUGCUCCUUGCACAUGCACACCUGCAUGUGGCAUCGCUGACAGCUGCAGCUGAGUUCCACAUCAGCCUGUCACAAAGUGUGGUCCUGCGCCAUCACUGGAUAAACCCUUUUGUGCAGUCUCUCAAGGAACGCCUGUCCUCCUUCCACAGGUUUGUCUGCAGAGCAGAUCAAGUGAAGAUUUACACCAAUGAGACUAAAACCAGGACAUUUGUUGGCUUGGAGGUCUCUUCCGGACAUUCCCAGUUCUUGGAGCUGGUUUCUGAGGUGGACAAAGUUAUGGAGGAGUUCAAUCUCGCCUCAUUCUACAAGAAUCCCUCAUUCCACCUCAGCCUGGCAUGGUGUGUUGGAAACUUGUCUGAAAAACUCAAAGGCCAGUGUCUUCAGGAGCUGCAGGAGAUCGUGGAUGGGUUUGAAGAUUCUUCCUACCUUCUGCGAAUCCAUGUGGCCGAAGUCCGCUGCAAGUCCGGCAAGAAGGUCUUCUCUUUCCCUCUGCGAUAGGGGCACAUGGGAGCAGAGGGCCACUCGUUUGCAUUUUGGUAGCCCUUCCACCUGGAUGUGAAGCCUGGUCAGAAGUCACCAAAGAUUCCAAUGACAUUCACACCUCAACUGUGGCCCUGCAGCCUCGUGCCAAAACGGCCUCUUGUUCUAUUCGCUGAGCAGAGUUUUGCUUUUGUGAGCACUGCAGAUGGUGAUCUAAGACCUGCUCUUGGUGCCACUGAAAUUACUAUGUGGCGAUGGCAUAUGUGGGAAAAGGUGUUCAGUGCUGGGCUGCUAUUGAAAAUGAUGCUGCACAAAUGUGGAACGUCAGAGGAGUGGAAUCCUGUGAACUUCAGGGUUUUGUUUUGGUCCUGCAGGAUCCAGAAGAGGAAGGACUCCUCUGGUACAGUGCCUCUCUCUAAAGACUGAUGCUGCCUCUAAGAAACAUUCAGCUCCAAAGUGUCUCUGGCUUCCCCAAAAAGCAAUAUAGGUCUGGAUUUUUUACCCUGGCAAUCUCAAAAGUGGGAAACGCAUAAGAAACAGGGAGGGGGGGCAGAAGUUUUAAACAUAGGGAAUUGCCAUUUUCCUAGACAGCCACAAGCGGUCAGUGUUGGCUUUCUUUUUGCCUGUGCUGGGGAAACCAAAUUAGCUGCCCUUUUUAUACCGGCUGUUUACAGCACUUGACAUAAACAAGUCUAUUUACUCUCCAUUGCUUCCCAUUAGAAAUGUUUAAAGCAGAAUCUUUCACAUGUU